CAGUCUUCAUCAACGUUCGCGUUAGUGACAACCAGUUUUUUCCCCCAAAGUCAAAAAUCAAUUCAUCAUUUCAUCGAAAUAUCUCCCUCAACAAUCGCCAGCAGAAAGCAAAAUACAAAAUAAACAAAAAUCAUCUCAAAAUUAAAGAAAUCUUAAUAUUAAACCAAGAGGAAAACAAAAUACAAGAUAACACCGAAUCGAGAGCAACAGGAAAGAUCAAAGAUCUCAAUUGCGAUUUCCCAGAUGAAUUACAAUCAUAUACUAAACUUCUUUCAAAACAAGUUGUCAUCAAUAAUCGAAUGAGUGGAUCAAGAAAAAUCAUCAAAUUUCGUGGUGGAGUAACAUCGUCAUUCAAAUUUGAACGCAGCGUCACCUAAUAAUUCGCCGAACUGGCUGAUAAUAAGAGUCGGACAAUAGGGCUGUCUGCCAUUAGGAGAAAAAAAUGCAGCGUUACCUGACGCUUGUGAUUAUUCUCAUUGGUCUGGCCAGAUGCAUUAAUGGAGGAUGGCCAGCGAUGAGUAAUCCAUUAAAAAAUGUCUGGUCAACAUUUUAUCCAGAUUCAAAUUCAGAUAACAGUGAAUGCUCAGGUUGUGCGCAAAAUAAAAUUUCCAUCAUUGAAUAUGAUCCAAUUCUCACAGAGUUAAGAGUUGAAUAUGUGAAGCAACAGAUUCUUAAGAAGUUGCGUCUAUCGAAACCGCCAGAAGUGUCGCUGUCCCUGUCGACCUUGCCAAAGCCACUGAUAAACGGACACGUGCUUGAACUUCGACCUGGCGAGCCACUUGAACCAGAAAAACCGGCAGAGAGCUUCUAUGGAAAAACUGAUCAAGUUGUCGUCUUUCCGAAUGAAGGUGAGGCAGACUCAAUCAAAUGUCGACACACAUCAAAUCAUGUGACAGGAUUCAAUCCAGCAGCUUGUUUUAGCUUUUAUUUACCAAAUGAAAUGCAAUUCGUCAGUGUCACGUCAGCUGAACUAUGGUUUUAUAAAGAACAGGAUGCUAACGACAACUUUAAUCAAACUUUCGUACUUUCUGAAUUGGACCAUUGGGAUCAUGGCGGUAGUUUCGAGAAAAACACCAUAAUGGCCAUUUUGGAAACUAGUAUUGAAGAGGGCUGGGUGAAAACUGACCUCAGUUUCAUAGUGAGGAAAUGGGUGGAAAGAAAGCGGUUGAAUCAUGCAAUUCAAAUAGAAUGUAGUACGUGCGAAAUGGAGAGAAAUGUAGCUCCCGUUUCCAUUGAACAGACUCUGAAACCCUUUCUCGUCAUCCAUACAUCACCUCUACCACAGAAAAAUAGACCAAAAAGGAACACGAAUUGUCUACCGGAAAUGAAAGAAUGUUGCAGGGAUGAACUGUACAUUAGUUUUGAAGAUAUUGGAUGGAGUGAUUGGAUUCUUCAUCCCAGUGGGUAUCACGCUUACUUUUGUCGUGGUACCUGCUCAUCAGCAGCUUCCCUCACUGUCAGCGGAACGCCUUACAACAAUGUUAUAAGGAAAUUGUUGACGAGAUUCAGCGUUCUGCAGAGAAAAAACGAAAUAGUCCCUUGUUGUUCGCCAACUCAAUUAUCGCCCAUUCAAUUAUUAUAUAUUGACUCGAAUAAAACCAUAACGCAAAAAACAUUACCCAAUAUGGUGGUAGAGGCAUGUGGAUGUAUGUAAAUCAUUAAAUUAUUUUAUCAAAAAAAAAAAAAAAGAAAAAAGUUCAUAACGAAUUAAAAUGAACGUCAAAAGUUCUCCCAGUUAAUUAUGGGAAAUAUCGAAAUAAACUCAAAAUUGUAUCGAGUCGUCAUAUCGCACAAAUUUAAUUUAACAAACAAAAUACUCUUUCCCUAUCCAUAUACAUAAAAUCAAAAAAUAAAGAAACAAUUUUAUAUUUCUUUAAAUAAAUAGUGCGAAAUGAUGCCUCGAACCGAAGCAGUAUUUUCUUAGGAAUUACUCAGUCCUAUCGUGUGCGUGAAUUAUCUUAUUAAUUUCUAUUUAAUUUAUGACCUGCGGUUCACAAAAACCCGCGAAAGUUCUUUUAAAAAAAAAUAUUUAUUUCUCUAAGCAAACAAAAUAUGCUUUUUAUAUUGUUCUCGCAUAGAAAACCUACACAGCGUAGGUAUAAAUACUUUGAAUCAAAUAUUCAGUAUUUCUCCUAAUAUGUGCUUUCCUUAAAAAAAAUUAUUAUUAAAAAUAAUACUUCCCUGAGGAAGUAAAAAAUAAUAAAAAUAAAAAUAAUUAUCCUCUCAAAAUGGAAAGGGACAUUAAAAAUAAUUUUGCUAAGAAAUAAUUAUAAUAAUAAAAUUCUUCGGGAAGAAUAAAUUAUAAAUUCCAACGAAGAAUUGAACAGUAGACGUUAACAACGUCAUGUUAUUUUUAAUUUAUUACUAUUAUUAAAAUUACUACUAUUAAAAUUUACUAUAUGUGCUUGCGAAUGAAUUUUAUUGAAUG